AGAGUGAUGUCCAGGUCCUCCCACUGACGCAGCCAUCGCGGUAUUUGCCAGCUAGUGUAUUUUAUAGCCUACUGACUGAUUCUUAGUAGCAAUAAAAUAUAAUAACGUGAUAUACGGAAGCCAAAGAGUGGAAGAGUUCUGCGUCGCUGUCGAACAGUUAACAUGGCCGCUAGCGCUAAGAAGCCGUCCCUAGGGGCCGUUACCCAGCGUAAGAAGACCAGUCCCAAGCCAGAGCUCACGGAGGAGCUGCGGCAGGAGAUCCGAGAGGCCUUCGAGCUCUUCGACACGGACGGCUCCGGGCACAUUGACGUUAAGGAGCUCAAGGUUGCCAUGCGAGCACUGGGGUUCGAGCCCAAGAAAGAAGAGAUAAAGAGAAUGAUCAGCGAGGUUGAUAAAGAGGGCACUGGAAAGAUUGACUUCAAUGAAUUCUUGUCUGUUAUGACGCAGAAAAUGGCAGAGAAGGACUCCAAGGAGGAGAUCCUCAAAGCGUUCCGCCUCUUUGACGACGACGAGACGGGAAAGAUCUCCUUCCGAAACCUGAAGCGGGUGGCCAAAGAGCUGGGGGAGAACCUAACGGACGAGGAGCUGCAGGAGAUGAUUGACGAGGCUGACCGAGACGGGGACGGGGAGGUGAGCCAGCCGGAGUUCCUGCGCAUUAUGAAGAAGACCAGCUUGUACUGAGGGGUGGACUGGACCUCAGUGGAUUGGAGGGGGGUUCUCCUGAUGACUCUACAUGCCCACUUUUCUGUAGGCCAAAUAACAGAUCUUUUCACGACAUCUCACCAGUAUAUUCAGGGUCAGUUACAGUCCAAGGUUAUGCUAUAGUGGUCUGACACUUUCAUUGCUUCCCCUCAACAACUGUACACUUCAUGUGGCACCGUGAGGGACUGUUCAACAAAAACCGAAUAAAGAGUUAACUCUGCGAUGCGCUUCAGCACUGCCAGUUGGUUUAGAGUGCAGCCCUGGUCAUUCUGUUAGACAUGAGGCUUCAGCAGAGUUUGAAUGCCUGUUAUGACGAAUGAAAAAGUUUGAUUUUAUCACCAGGCACUACGCAUACGUCUAGACAGUGAGCUCCAUAAUGUUUGAUAAAAGGUAUUUUAUACAUUUUGGUUUCAUGUACAAAUUGCUGCACUUCAUAUGCAUAGGAGGCCAAAAGGAACUACCCACAAUCCAAAGCACCCCCCCCCCCUUAUCUGUGAAACAUGGUUGUGGGGGUGUUUUGGUUUGGGCAUGUAUGGCUGCCACAGGCACUGGCUCCCGUGUCUUCAGUAAUGAUCUGCUGAUGGCAGCAGAAUGAAUUCUGAAGUGUAUAGAAACAUCUUAUCUGUUUGUGUUCAACCAAAUGCCUCCAAACUCAUUGGACAGUGCUUCAUCGUACAGAAAGAAAAUUAUCCCAUACAUACUGCUAAAGCAACGAAGGCGUUUUUCAAAGCCAAAAACUGGAAAAUUUUUGACUGGCAUCGUCAGUCACCUGAUCUGAAUCCAGUUGAACAUGUUUCAUAUGCUGAUGAGAACUUAAGGCAACUAGCCCCUGAAACAAGCAGGAAUUGAAGAUGGCUGCUGUACAGGUCUGGCAGAGCAUCACCAGAGAAGAUACUUAGCACCUGGUGAUGGGUCACAGACCUCAAGCAGUCAUUGCAUGGAAAGGAAGUGCUGUCUUUUAUACGUGGUAAAACCAAAGUGAAUAAAAAUACUCUUAAAUAAAAGUUUAGAAUAUAAUAUUUAACUAUGUAUGAAUGUGUGUUUGUUUAAAAAUCUUAAAUGGUGAAGUACAGAGCCAAAUCAAGAAGAAAAAAAAUGACUUUGUCCCAAACAUUAUGGAGCUCACUGUAUAAAGAAACAUCCAUAUACUGUUUUAAGCUGACAGUUUGAUGUGCCAAACACAGAAUCAUUCUACUUUCAAAAACAUCUCAAAACAGUAUUCUGUGGCCUCCUUCACAUGCCUAAAUAAUGCUCCUGGUUAUUCCGUGUCUUUAGAGUCUUUUUUUGAGCAAGCUCAGAGUUUGAGGCUGCAACUUGCCUUGAAUGUUACAUUCACUAUGAAACGUUUGGACCAAUCUUUGAGGCAUUUUUUGGGCCCAUUUUGGUGGCCAGGCCAGACCCUUAACGAGGACCAGCAAGUGAUUUUAAGAAACAUCACACCGUACACCUAACACAGUGUGCAGCACUUUUUCAUCCUGAACACAGCCCUCGUCUUCGUGCCUGAGUCUCAGUAAAGUGGGCCGUGCUCAAGUCAUAGAGGGCCCUCGCCUCUUCGCCCUCCGCUGCUGUAGACUGUGUCUGAAGUGAUCGUGUGGCCAGUUUUUUCAAACCAGUAUUUGCUUUUUUUGUCUCUUUGUAUAUCUUUGCUCCUGAAUGUUUGUUGGAUGUUUUGUACAAAUGGAUUGCAUAUUCUAUUUAAAUAUCAAAGUAUUGAAUAAACAACUCUUAAGCUUC